GUAAAAUUUACAUAUACAAUUUGAGAAAUGGCAAUCGGAAAUCCAGAAGCUGACGUUGGUAAUGUGGAUGCCGCUGCUGCUCAUUUGGCGGCACAUCCAUCAGGUAUACCACAGGAUCAAAUAGAUAAUAUAAUGAGCGGCAUUGCGAAUACGGGCGAUGUUAAAAUGAACAAUCACAGAAAAAAACUUAGACAGAGAUUUGAUAUUAUAAAGAAAUUGGGGCAGGGUACAUACGGUAAGGUGCAAUUAGGUAUUAAUAAAGAAACUGGUCAAGAGGUUGCUAUUAAGACAAUAAAAAAAUGUAAAAUUGAAGCAGAAGCAGAUUUAGUUCGCAUACGACGGGAGGUGCAAAUUAUGAGCUCAGUGCAGCAUCCAAAUAUUAUUCACAUAUAUGAAGUAUUUGAAAAUCGUGAAAAAAUGGUUUUAGUCAUGGAAUUUGCCGCUGGCGGUGAACUUUAUGAUUAUCUAUCCGAAAGAAAGGUGCUAAGUGAGGAUGAAGCGCGGCGUAUAUUUCGUCAGGUUGCUACCGCUGUUUAUUACUGUCACAAACACAAAAUCUGUCAUCGUGAUUUAAAACUUGAAAACAUUCUCUUAGAUGAGCAUGGCAAUGCUAAAAUUGCAGAUUUUGGUCUUUCAAAUGUUUUUGAUGAUCAGCGACUUUUAGCAACAUUUUGUGGUUCUCCAUUAUAUGCUUCACCUGAAAUUGUUGAAGGUACUCCUUAUCAGGGGCCAGAAGUUGACUGCUGGUCACUUGGUGUGCUCCUUUACACUCUAGUCUAUGGUUCAAUGCCAUUUGAUGGCUCUAAUUUUAAAAGACUGGUUAAACAAAUUAGCCAAGGCGAUUAUUAUGAACCGAAAAAGCCAUCAAGUGCCUCUACGCUUAUACGUGAUAUGUUAACUGUUUGCCCACGCAAACGUGCAACUAUUGAACAAAUAUGUUCACAUUGGUGGGUAAAUCAAAGUGAUAAUGUAUCAUGUUUAGAUUUAGCUGAGGACUUGGCGAAUCAAACUCCAGUUCGUUUAGAUGUUUUACUUUCUUUAACACCAGCUGCUGUUACAGCUGAACAAUUGGUUGUGCCAUCCGCCGAUGGUAAUUCAGCGGGCAAAGGUAAUGAACGUGUUCCCAGAAGUCAUUCUGUGGGUUCAAUACGUGAUAUGGGCGCUAAUACGGAAGCUGAACGAAGAAUAUUAGACAUGGUUGCUGCUGGCGGCGAAGCUGCACUCAUGCCAUCUCCUACACGCACAAUAACACCUGCUCAAAGUCCUGUACAAACAAAACGUAAACUUGAAACCACAAUCUCUAUGGAGAAUGCAUCGGCUGCAUUAAAGAAAAAAGAAAAACCUGGUAGUGUAUCAUCAAUUGCUGCCGCGGCAGCUGGAACUCUUAACUCGGAAACACCGAUGGAAACUGAUGAACAACAAAUUGAGAAUACUGAAGAGACCUUACCACCGACUGUGAAAACGACACCUUCAAAAACAUUUUCUCAAAAAGAUAUGGAAGCAGUAGGUAAUAUGGUGGAACAGUUAAUACAAAAUGAUGAACCUCAUAGCACAACAGUACCUGCUACUGAUUUUGUUCCAAAUCCCUCACCGGUAGUAUCACGUCAAAGAACUGUAGGAAAAUUAGAUGCUGUUAAAGAAGCACCAGAAGAAAAAGAUGCUACAAAAGUUAUUAAAAAAUUCGUCAAUAAGCACAAAACAGCUGAUUUGGUUAAUGCGAUAGGUCAAAUGUCCGCUGAUAAGACAAGUAAUGAACAGCCCGCAAAAAUUACUAAACCAACUGUACCCACCACUGUCCCACCAUUUGUACGUAAAUGUAGUUUACAGGAUGAAUCACCAUUAAAUAAAUUCAACGAACGACGGAAAUCACGUAUUUUGGAAACAGCAGAAAAGUUUCAACAAAUGAAUGCUGGCAAUGCUGGUGAUAAGCCCAAAAAACUUGUUAUACCCGGUGUCAGUGUUGGUAGUUAUAAAAAGGAAUUCGAAAGAAAGGCAUUGAAUCCUCCACAACAAACAGAAGGUCCUACAGCUGGAGAAAGGCGUGCUUUAGAACAAGUAGCUGCAGCCGCAGCAGCUGCUCAAGAAUUAGAAAGUACAGCUGAUAAAACAGAGAAUGAAAUGUCAUCUACAGUAGAAACAAGUGACUCUAAAAAUUCUGUGUCAUCAUUGUUAUUGGAUGAUGCACGUCGUUCAAUGGAAAAUUCGAUUGCAUUAUUGCGUCAAGCGCAAAACGAAUCUACAAAAGAGGUUGAUCAAAUAUGUGCCAAAACGGAAAAGAUCGGUGUCAAUGAUAUCCCAACAGAUCAUGUAGCAGCCGAAAGAGAACGUAAACUUAAAAAUGCUCGUGCCAUAAUAGGAAAUGCUAUACAGCCAGUAUAA